CUGUGGUUCUUCGGGAGGACAUCCAGGGUCCUGAUGGCCAGCCAGGAUACCAGCAUGUCCUGAAGCUGGCCAAGGCCCUGGUGGAGAUCCGGAACCUUCAGGGGCUCUCUGAUCGCAGGGUAGACAGGCUGAUUGCAGUCUGGCAGCGCCUGCCAGAGGCUGACAAGAGGCGAGUCGUCUACCCUGCCAGACACCGGGAGAGGCAGCCCACGGGGCGGUUCAAGGCAGCGAAGGGGAAGAACACCUCCUGUCCUGGAAAGGAGAGUCUCCAACGCUGCCUGCUCGGACUGAACACGGGCCCUGCAAACUGGCCCAGCACCAGUCGCCUGGUCGAGGCCAUUUGCAGCCAGCUAUGCCGUCUCCACCCCGCCACGGCCCGUGUCGGUGGGGUCCCGAAGACCCGGUGGUCCCUCGUCCUCACCGAUUACGUGGCCAUCAGAGAGGCAGUGCUGUUGAGCCCACGUUUGAUGGCUCAGACCACCAUCCAGCUCUUUGAGCUAAAUCAAAGAACCCUGUCCCAGUGGUUCUGUCGUCGUCAGAAGGCCUGGGAGAGGACUGUGCUGGAGCAGGGAACGGGAAUCGUCCCUGCUCCAGUAGUAGCAGUCCGGCCUCUCCCUGCUGCCAAACAGCUGUCCCUGGUGCAGGUGGGGCAGGGACAGCCCUUUAUUUUCCCCGGACCUUCAGCUGGAGGUCAGCCAGCCCCUCCUCAUCCUCAUCCUGCAGCUUUUGGCUCUGCUGCUGUUGCUGCUGCUUCUGCCGCUGCCGCCACAGUUGUUGCUGCUGCUGCUGCUCCUCCUCCUCCUCCUCCUCCUCAUCCUCCAGCCUUCGGCUCUGCUCCUGCAGCCCCUCCUCUUCCUGGACAGACAAAGCUGCCAAGAACAACAGCAUACAGGAAGAGGAAGGCAGCCGAGGCGGCUGCUGCUGCUGCUGCAGGAGAGGGCCCACCACUAGGGACUAAAGUCCGCCGGCAGACUGCACAGUACACCUGCAGUAAGUGUGGCCAGCUAAAACGGCUGGACACUGGCCACACACGCAUUGCAGGUGUGUCAUACUGUGCAGCUGUCGGCGGAAUGACUGUGGAGGAGUGGAGGGAGAACAUGAGGAGGCCCCCAGAGGAGAGGGAAUGACUAUUUGUUU